AUGCCAUACAACACUCGUCGGAAGUCACUCUCUCUCCCCUCACUAGGCAUUUAUCUUCCCAACUCCUCACGCCGCUCCCCUCCCGUUUCAAAAGGCUCCAACACCGAAGAUGUCCCGCCUAUGAAGAAAGUAAAGCGGUCGCAUGCUUCAUUAUCUCCCGAGCCGAAGGAACCCGUGCGCGCCAUCCGGAAUGGCCUUCUUGAGCACACCCCCCCUCCGUCCCCUUUGGAUCGCUUAGGCGCUCCAAAGAUCGACACUCAGGGCAUCGACGAUGAUAUUGUGGUCGCUGCCAUCGAGCAGCUGGAGAAGACAGGGAAUCGUCCCCACCUGGUGAAGGAAUUAGCGGCGGUCUUGAUCGCGCAGAAUGCCAGUGUCGCAAGUUCCGCAAACCCCGCCGCUCUGCUAUCUUCGCGCCUAGCAGCCUAUAUGAAGCGUUCAUGGACAGCUUUAGCUCCAUGCCCAAUGGCCAAAGAACUGGUUUUGAUCCACCCGCGCAAAGUGUACUAUUACCUGACGACCUACCCUCGCCAGCCCAUCCCUGAGCCUUCAGACGACUUGCUCUCGGGCGUCGACGGCAAGCAAAUUACCCCCAGCGUGUCUAGUUUGGACCAAGACGAAGAUGAAAUCAAUGCGCGGGCUCGUAGUCCCAGUCCUGAAGUCGACCUGUCAUCGCCCGACUUUGAGGAAGAGGGUACAACCAACAUGAACACCCCCGCUGGCCGGGUACAUUCGCCCGAUCAAUUUCCCAACCCAGAUAGCCAAAACCGGCUGAUGCACUCGAACCGCGCGGCCUCUCCGCCCCUGGAGGGCGACGAGAAGGAAUUCACGCAGACCGCUAGUGCUGUACGAGAGCGGGCCUCGGAAGAGAAAGCCCACCGUCUGGACCAAACGGUUCGGGGACAGUCCGUCCUUUCUGAGAGCCUGAGUACCAUGGACGAAGAUAUGCACACCGACUCGCCUGUAAAUGGUGGCUCGAUCUCUCCAUCAGUCCACGGCGAUGGGAUGUCAGAGAAGGAAUACAGUGAUUAUUUUGCCCACGUGAACCCCACGGAGGAGGGUUCUCAAGAUCUCGAUGAGGCUGCUGCUGUUACUUUGUUUGGCACCUCGCCUUCACCUUCUCUCACUUCUGUCGCAUCUUCCAUCUCGUCUGGUACGAGCGCUGCCAGCGAUCUUAUUGUCGAGGAGAGCCGGUCUGUACUGCCUGGCGCUCCGCAGAUCAGUCUUCCCGUUGACGUUGUUCCUGUCUCAACUCUCAAGCGAUCGCUGGAUAUGUUGAAUAGCGGGUUUGACGAAGUAGACCUGAAGAUGUCCGAUCUUACCGAGUCGCACGAGAAGCUCAGCCUUGGCCCUCGUAACUUGACCGCGAUGGACUUGACUGUCUUCGACUCCUGGCGUGAGAUGCGCAACCCUGAGACUGUCGAGGUCGAUGAGCUGGAUGAGAUGUUUGGCGAAAUCUAA